AGUAAGUAAAUGAAAAAGCUGUAGUUAGAUUAGAAGCAGUGUGGCAGCUUAAAGCAUUUAUGCGAGCUUUUUUUCUUAUUUUUACGCGCUGACAAAUAGUGCAGCGUUCCAAUAGCACAGGACCUGAAAUUUGGCAGCCAAGCAGCCCACACCAUUGACCGUGAAAGGCUUGGAAACAGUUCCAGUGCUGAUCCCGAUUUGAACUAUAACUAAAACAAGUUAAAACAAGUAAAACAAAGUUGCAUCUAAGUGGACGAGCGUGGCAGGAGGCGAACAUGGCUUUGCCAGAUAGUGGCAUAUCUGCAGAGGAGAUACCCUUUCCAGAGAUCAUAGAGCUCAAUGUCGGUGGGCAGGUGUACAUAACCCGCUACUCUACACUCACAAGCGUGCCAGACUCUCUGCUGUGGGAGAUGUUUACUCAAAAGUCAGCCAAAGGACUGGCCAGGGACACAAAGGGGCGCUUCUUUGUAGACCGUGAUGGUUUCCUGUUUCGUUACAUCCUGGACUACAUGCGUGACCAGCAGCUGGUCCUUCCAGACCACUUCCCAGAGCGCGGUCGUUUGCAGAGAGAGGCUGAGUUCUUCAACCUGCCAGAGCUCGUCAGGCUUCUGGCACCCAAAAUCAGCAAACAGAACUCCCUUGGUGAUGAGGGAUGUCCUAGUGACACAGAGGACUCCUCACCUGGGACUGACACCUCCCGUAACCUCGGCUCUCUGGGUGCUGCUGCUGCUGCCUGUGCCAGCCUGGUGCCCGGCGCCAUGGAUGGCAAACGUUCUGGGUUCAUCACUAUUGGCUACCGAGGCUCCUACACCUUGGGGCGCGACAGCCACACGGAUGCCAAAUUUCGCCGAGUGGCACGGAUCAUGGUGUGUGGGAAGACCUCCCUGGCUAAAGAGGUGUUUGGGGAAACGCUGAACGAGAGCCGGGACCCGGAUCGCCCCCCUGAGCGCUAUACAUCCCGCUACUAUCUCAAGUUCACCUUCCUGGAGCAGGCUUUUGACAAGCUGGCAGAUGCAGGCUUUCACAUGGUGGCCUGCAAUUCCACAGGAACCUGCGCCUUUGCCCACGAGCAGACGGACGACAAGAUCUGGACCAGCUACACUGAAUAUGUGUUCUACCGUGAGUGAGACUAUCGGCUUUGUUUCCCCGGUCCCCUCACCCUGUAUCCAAGAACCCCCCUCCCCCUCCAGCCUCCAGCCAUCCUGUCUUUCUCUCUCUGAUGGCUUCUGAACCAGUAGAUGUACUGUAGAUGUUGUGCCCUUCCAUCUCUCUUUACAGCCUCCAGCUUUUAUCCUGUGAACAGUACCUGGCCGCUGCUCUGACUCUUCAUACCUUCUCUGCAGAUCGAACCUGCAGCCUUCCCCUUCAAACCCGAAUUCACCCUCCCCCACCCCCAUCAUCAGGCCAAGCUUUUGCCCUUGCUUAAGCCGCCGCCUCUCCAUCUAGUUGUAGUCCCCAGCCCUGAACCACAGCAACCCCACAGCCUUUCCUGCAGAGACUGAUACCUUCUAUUCCCUUUUUGUACUCUCUAUAUAGUGCAUAUGCCUUGGUUAAAGCACAAUACUGUAUCCAAGAGCUAAUUUUGUUGAAUAAAAAACACCAGUGUGUCUAUAUGACUACUGAACCAGUCAUAAGGGCAUAAGGGAAAGGGCUUCAAAGAGUUGCCGUGAUGUACAGUGCUAUAUUUUGCCUGCUUACUCAAGCAGAUCGGACUGUCUCCUGCUCCUUUGAACUAAAUUACCAAAUAAUUGGACAUCUUAUCAGCCUUGAGGGACGUGAGAAACCCCAACACAUGCACACACACACACACACAUGCACACAAAGGAAGUGUAAUCUAAUUUCCUUUAGUUUUUAUUAAAUGUGUCCAGUACCAUGUCCGUGUGGUUUGGGAACGUGCCAUAGUUAAUCUGUUCUGCUGCUUUGGAGUGAAUAGAAAAGAAAAGACUGCAGUGAAGUUAUUUUUUCAGAAAAAGCAGAUUGAAGUUUUGCGGAGGUCUCCCCCCCCACCCCCCCCCACCCAAAAAAAAAGAAAGAAAGAAAGAAAGAAAAUGGGUUGUGUGGCAAAUGUUGAAAAACUAUUAAAGCUCAAAUAUCAAGAGAUCUUAGAGACAGACAAUGAGAGAGGGGGAAAAAGGUGUGUGUAUUGACUGUGCAGUGGAGCUUUCAGUAUUUUAAUCACCCACACUGAUAGGGCAGAGAAGAUGGAAGGUGUUGCAUCAAUUACAUCUUAAAGAUAAUUAUUUUCCACAGCCGGUCACAUGUCAGAAUGGGCUUACACAUUGCUUCCUGUUAUUUGCGUAAGAAGAAAUCAGCAGUCAUCACAGCAGAUCUUUGGAUGUCCCGUAAUCAACAAUGUUAUUCUUAAUACUCAGUAUUAGCUGAAGCGGCUGCGUAUUUGACUAUAGCUCAGUCCUUCUGUAAGUGAAUACCAGUGAGAAAGGGUAGGAUUUGCUGUAGCCAGCCAAAGCCCAGUGUUUUCUCACCACUGUAGCAAUGGCAGCUUAUAGCGAGCGCGUGUAACUUUCAGUAACUCACAGCCGGCUCAAAAAGGAGCACAAGAUCCAGAUACAGCCUCAGGACGGGUCUGCACAUCAUAUACCUCAGACUAACAUAAACGUGGGACACUUAAAUCCAACAAAGGAUUCAUCAGAUUACAGGAAAAUGCAGAAAUGGCUCAAAAUGAGGACAAAUAAGAGGUUUCAUUUAAAACUGUUCGGGGAACAGGCAGCGCAAGGCAAAGUUCACCCGUGCGGCAAGGUGUCGACUUUUUAGUGUGUCUGACAGUUGUAAUAAAUGUAUUCUGAAAUGUCUAGAAAUUGCAAUAUUGUGUUUCAGUGUGAUGAAGUGUUGUUGACAUCCGAGUCAGUCUGUUAGACCCUGCUGCAGUGUGUCGCUGCAGGCAUAGACAACACUGAUAUUAAAAGUGUUCCACCAAACGCAAAUUGAUUUGUCAAAUAAAAUAUGCUUUCUUUCUA